AUGCAAUCCUCAUAUCGCAUCACGGCAGCCAUUAGCAUCAGCUUUCCCAAGGCCGAGGAGGAGGUCCUCCAGCUCUGGCGGGAUGUGGAUGCGUUCCAGACACAACUGCGCCUGACCCAGGAGGGCCCCCGGUUCACCUUCUACGAUGGACCGCCGUUUGGUCUUCCUCACUAUGGCCAUCUUCUCGCUUCAACCAUCAAAGACAUAAUCCCUCGAUACUGGUCCAUGAACGGACACCAUGUUGUGCGGCGGUUCGGUUGGGACACCCAUGGCUUACCAAUCGAGUACGAAAUCGACAAGAAGCUCGGAAUCUCUGGCAGAGAUGCGGUCAUGCAGAUGGGGAUUGAGAAAUACAAUGCUGAGUGCAAAGCCAUUGUGAUGAAGUACUCUGGAGAAUGGCGCAGGUUUAUCGAGCGUCUUGGCCGAUGGAUUGAUUUCGACAACGACUACAAGGUUGUUAUCGUCGCCUUCAUGUCUAUGGAUGUGACUUUUAUGGAGUCGUGUUGGUGGGUUUUCAAGCAGCUUUACGACAAAGACCAGGUCUACCGCGCUUACCAGAUCAUGCCGUUCUCUACAGCGCUAUGCACUCCACUCAGUCAGAUGGAGGCAAAGCAGAACGAAAAGUCAACCCUCGAUCCGGCUGUUGUGGUCUCGUUUCCUCUGGUCAAUCGCCCUGAACACGAGAGCACGUCGUUGCUCAUCUACACAACCACUCCGUGGACGCUACCUUCCAACAUGCUGAUUGCAGUUAACCCUUCGUUCGAGUACGCCAAAAUUCUUGAUGAGAAGUCAGGGAUGUACUUCAUCAUUUUGGAAUCACUCCUCUCCAGUCUUUACAAGGAUCUGAAGAAAGCAAAAUACAAGGUUGUUGCCAAGAUUCCUGGAAAAGACAUGAUUGGAUGGAAGUACGAGCCUCUGUUCAGAUAUUUUGCCAAUGACUUUUCGGAUUGCUUCGAGGUCAUCGGUGCGGACUAUGUGGAAGCUGGUGAAGGCACGGGCCUGGUACACCAAGCACAGGCAUUCGGACAAGAAGACUACGACGCUGCGAUCGCCGCAGGAUUUUUCGGCCCCGGGCGCCUCCCCCCUGCCCUGUUGACGACAAGGGUUGUUUCACGCAUGAGGUCCCCGAAUAUGUCGGACAGCAUGUCAAGAAAAGCCGUUUCUUCCUGGUUCAUCAAGGUCACCAACGACACGGACGCCAUGCUGCAAAACCUGGACAAGACUACAUGGGUACCUCAGUUUGUCAAAGAUAAGCGGUUCGCAAACUGGGUUGCCAACGCUCACGAUUGGAACGUCUCGAGGAAUCGCUACUGGGGCACUCCGAUUCCCUUGUGGGUCAGCGAGGACUAUGAAGAAAUCGUCUGCGUUGGCAGCAUCGAAGAACUGAAGCGCUUGAGUGGUUACGAGGGCCCCUUGGACGAUUUGCAUCGCGACAAAGUCGAUGGAAUCACGAUACCUUCCAGUAAAGGCAAGGGUACUCUUCGCCGAAUUGACGAAAUAUUCGAUUGCUGGUUCGAGUCUGGGAGCAUGCCCUAUGCUUCAAACCAUUACCCCUUCCAAGAUAAGGAUAAGUUUGAGCAAAGUGGAUUUCCUGCCGACUUCAUCGCAGAAGGUCUUGAUCAAACAGGCGGGUGGUUCUACACCCUCUCCGUCCUGGGAAACAAACUUUUUGGCACCUCAAGGUUCCGGAACUGUAUCGUCAACGGUUUGGUUUUGGCAGAGGAUGGCAAAAAGAUGUCGAAGUCUCAAAAACUACCCCGACCCGACGGCGUUGUGAGAGCGGAACCUUUGCGCUUCAAGGAGGCCGGAGUCAAGGACAUUGUAUCUCGAGUCCUUCUUCCCCUGUGGAAUAGCUAUCGCUUUUUCUCAGAGCAGGCAGCCCUGUUCAACAAGACCGAAGGGACAAGCUUCGUCGCCGACUCGGGUUUCUUCUCAGCCGGCAACCUGAACGUCAUGGAUCGGUGGAUAUUAGCUGACUGCCAAAGCUUGUUAAGGUUCAUGGAGGAAGAAAUGCGAAGCUACCGCCUGUACACGGUGGUACCGCGAUUACUCCAGGUCAUCGACAACUUGACCAAUUGGUACAUCCGCUUCAAUCGCAAGCGGCUCAAGGGUGCGGCUGGCCUCGGAGUCGAGGACACUCGGACGGCCCUCAACACCCUCUUCCAGGUCUUGUUCACGGUUGUGCGUGCCAUGGCACCCUUCACGCCCUUCAUUACAGAGCACAUCUAUGGAGAAGAGCUGUUCGAUCCUGUGAUUGAGCGUCAAAUUGCAGCAAUGCAGAAGGUUAUCCAGCUAGCUCGGGCUGCCAGAGAACGCCGCAGCAUCAGUCUCAAGACGCCUCUGUUGUCUCUCGUCGUCAUUGCAGACGCCCAGUUUAUUGCUGACGUGGACGCCCUCAAGGGCUACGUUGCUGAUGAAUUGAACGUGAGAGAGGUCAUCCUCACCGGUGACGAGGAGAAGUACAACCAACAUUCACCUGGAAGCACGAAAUUGCGCCAGUACCAGAAAGACAAGAAGAUCACAGUGGGAGGCAUCGAGCUUGACGAGAAUGAUCUCACAACUGUGCGCGUGCUCGCCAAGGACGAUGCGGGGCCAAAAGCAGACGAAGGGCCACAAUCGGAACCUUCGUUCGACCAGGAUGUCGUAGUGUUACUCGACGCUGCCUCCCAUCCAGAACUUGCUGACGAAGGUCUCGCACGCGACAUUGUGAAUCGAGUACAAAGGCUGCGCAAAAAGGCGGGGCUUGUCCCGACAGACGACGUUCGGAUGCAGUAUAACGUCGUCGAGAACCCCGAUGGAACGGACGUGGAGGGCUUGAUGAGGAACCGUGAUGCAAUGUUCAUGGGUGCGCUUCGUGGACAUCUCGAGCCGACACCUGCGGAUACAGCUGGCAGUGACGCCAUCAUAGAGGAGGAUCACGCUCUUGGCAAUCUCGUUCUAAGAUUCCGUCUUGUAGCGCUUGAGGAACGUUGUUAA